AUGUGGGACUCACCAUACCUGACUUGUUUGUUUCUGUAUAUAUUUUCGUUUCAAAUUAUUGUCACUAAUUCACGCACUUCUAAUAUUUGGAAAUUGAAUGCGGAAGGAGACCAGAUCGUGGACGGUAGUACACUGUCUCAGGAUGAAUCUGACAAAACUCGCAUGAAUGAAGAAGACCCUAUCUUCAACAUAGUAACGUCGACAGUGUAUUAUGGGAACACAUGGACUAAACAUGGCUUUGACAUGUUUUGUACAGACUGCCAAAUAUAUGAACAACAGAGGGCUGGUGUUGAGAAUAGUGAUGAGUCGACACCUGCCGAAGUGAAUGGUGAUGCGGACGAUGAGUACUUAGAUUGUGGUAAAGCAGUUAACUUUACAUAUUAUGAUAACCUGGUCGGAGUGGCCAGACGCCAUAGACAUCCCAAUGUACCUGAACCACAGGUUUCCCUAAUAUUCCCAAAGAAGAAAUCAAACGGUCUAUCACCGUCGGAAAUAAAUGGUUUCGAGAAACGUCUAAAAAAAGCAAAGAGAGAGAAACCAAAGUCUGUACAGCUGUACAACCAGAUUGGGAACUUCUGGAGGAUCAAGGGCGAUACGAGACAGUCCAUCGAGUGCUUCAGACGCGCUCUUGCCGUCUCACCAUAUAAUGCAGAAGUCCUGCUAAACCUUGCAAGGGUACUAUUCACCCUACAAUACUUGGACGACGCAAUCUACCUAACGCGACGGUCGUUAGAAGUCCAGCCGCCAGAUCGCAGCGCGUGGCAGCAGUAUUUCACGCUCGGCGAGAUAUUCAAGGCAUAUGGACAUUAUCAGGAAGCGGCAAUGCACCUGAGACACGCUCUGGACUUGAAACCGGACUAUGAACCCGCUAUGGCCGCAUUGAAAGAUAUCGAGAACACGCCAGAAGCAUCAGUGCAUGUCUAUACACUCCUUAUAAUUGUGUGUUUGGUGAUGGGAGUGUUACUGGUGAUAUUAUCGUCAGUAGACAGUGGCGGUGAUGUAGAAGAGCAUAAGACUCAACGACAUUUCAACCGAGCGAUGGCUAUGCGGUCCCUUCGCGGCGUGGCUCUACCCGGCUCCCGUGGACGCAAGAAAGGCGGAUCCUAA